GGCAUCAGCCCUCCUACUGCCCCGGGAAGAGGUCUGGAGUGGGGGCACUGCUGCUGCGUUGCGGCUGCUUAAAUACGUGAGAAACUAAAUACAAAAGGAAAAGGAAGAAAGGAAGGAAGAAAAAAGAAGAAAAGGGGAGGGGGAGGAAGGAAAAAGAAAGAAGGAAGGAAAGAAAGAAGAAAAAGGAAGAAGGAAGGAAGGAAAGGAAGAAAGGAAGAAGAAAGAAAGAAAGAAAGGAAGAAAGAAAGGAAGAAAGAAAGAAAGAAAGAAAGAAAGAAAGAAAGAAAGAAAGAAAGAAAGAAGGAGAGAAAGAAAGAAAAGAAAGAGAAAGAAAGAGAGAAAGAGAGAGAGAAAGAGAGAGAGAAAGAGAGAGAAAAAAUAUAGAAAGAAAGAAAGAGGAAAGAAAGAAAGAAAGAAACUAUUUCUGAUCCUGCAAAUUGUUUUUCUUUAAGAGGAGAAAAGAAAGAAACAGACCCAACCAAACCCACCCCGCGCCUCUGCCAGCGCUCGGACUUGUUUGGAAAGAGGCAUCGCUCCGGUGGCACCGCUCCCGAGGAGAAAGGACCCUUCUCUCCGACUCCACAUGAGCACCGCGUUCGGGAUCGGGCGCAGCUCCGCGUCCCGCGCAGCCCCACGCCGCUGAGGCGGCCGCCGGGAGGGAGCGCCCGGGGCGAUGCGAGCCGUGGGCUGCGUGGCUCCGCGGCGGCCUUCUCCCUCCGCAGCCGCUCGGACCGCCGCUUAGGGGGGCCCGGACCUCGGGGCCGGAGCGUUCUGCGCUCCCUGAGGCGAGCGGAGCGGUCUCCUUUUCUCUCUCUCUCUUUCUCUCUCUCUUAUUCAUUUUUUAUUUUUUAUUUUUUUUUUUAUUUUUUAGCCGAAAAUGGUGCCGCCUGCCUAGCUCCGUGGUUUCAAGAGUGGACUUGUAAUAUUUCCUUCUGAUGAUUUUUGGACGGGGAAGGACUGAGCGGAGGAAAUCUCCCUGAGAGCGGGGCGCGGCGCUCGGCGCCCCAUAGCGGAGCGGCCCCGGCCCCGUGCGGCUCCGCCGGGCUCGGUCCGAGGCGCGGGGCCGGAGCGGGGCCGCCUACCCUGCUCGGGGAUCGCCUUCCCCUCCCGGUUUUUGUUUGUUUGAUUUGGGUGUUUCGCUUUUUUUUUUUUUUUUCCUCUCGUUUCUCCUCUUUUUUUUUUUUUCCCUUUUUCUCCCCCCCCCCCCCCCCCCCCCUUUUUUUUUAAUUAUUAUUUUUUGAUUUGGUUUAAUCUGAGGGAGUUCCCUCCCUCUCUUCCUCAAGCCCUAACUCCGAGGCCGCAGCCCAUGCCCCCCGUCGUUCGGAAGGACCGGGCCUAAUAUGCCAGUGUCACCUUCGCCUUGCAGUCGUCGCGAUGAAGGAAAAAUCCAAGAACGCGGCGAAGACAAGGCGGGAAAAGGAAAAUGGAGAAUUCUACGAACUGGCCAAGCUCCUGCCGCUGCCCUCGGCCAUCACCUCGCAGCUGGACAAGGCGUCCAUCAUCCGCCUCACCACCAGCUAUCUGAAGAUGCGAGCCGUCUUCCCCGAAGGUCUGGGCGACGCCUGGGGACAGCCGAGCAGGAUAGGGCCCUUGGAUAACGUGGCCAAGGAGCUCGGAUCCCACUUGCUUCAGACUUUGGAUGGCUUUGUUUUUGUGGUAGCAUCAGAUGGCAAAAUAAUGUACAUCUCAGAAACAGCGUCUGUACAUCUUGGCUUAUCUCAGGUGGAGCUUACUGGUAAUAGCAUUUAUGAGUAUAUACACCCUUCCGACCACGAUGAGAUGACGGCUGUUCUUACUGCUCACCAGCCUCUUCAUCCUCACCUCUUACAAGAAUAUGAAAUUGAGAGAUCAUUUUUCCUGAGAAUGAAGUGUGUCCUAGCCAAGAGGAAUGCAGGAUUGACAUGCAGUGGCUACAAGGUGAUCCACUGCAGUGGCUAUUUGAAGAUACGGCAGUAUAUGCUCGAUAUGUCUUUGUAUGAUUCCUGUUACCAAAUUGUUGGACUGGUGGCUGUAGGUCAAUCUUUACCCCCUAGUGCAAUCACUGAGAUCAAACUUCAUAGUAACAUGUUUAUGUUCAGAGCAAGUUUGGACUUGAAGUUAAUAUUCCUAGAUUCCAGAGUGACUGAAUUAACUGGAUAUGAACCCCAAGAUCUGAUAGAAAAAACGCUCUAUCACCAUGUUCAUGGCUGUGAUGUGUUCCAUUUACGAUAUGCUCAUCAUCUGUUGUUGGUGAAAGGCCAAGUAACAACCAAGUACUAUCGACUACUGUCCAAACAAGGAGGCUGGGUUUGGGUACAGAGCUACGCUACCAUUGUGCAUAACAGCCGUUCAUCACGGCCUCACUGCAUAGUGAGUGUCAAUUAUGUCCUUACAGAUAUUGAGUAUAAGGAACUUCAGCUGUCACUGGACCAGGUUACCAUUUCUAAGUCACAGUUUUCAUGCAGAAACUCAGUAUCUACCUCGCAGGAAACAAGGAAAAUAGUAAAACCCAAAAGUAAUAAGAUGAAAGCAAAACUCAGAACAACGCCUUACCCACAACAGCAAUACAGCUCAUUCCAAACAGACAAACUGGAAUGCAGCCAGGUGGGAAACUGGCGAUCCAGCCCUGCAGUGAACGCUGCCACCAUUCAAGAACAAAACUUUCAUUCAGAAAACAGUGAACUUUUAUAUGCCCCGUCAUAUAGCUUGCCUUUCUCUUACCAUUAUGGACACUUCCCUGUAGACUCUCAUGUCUUCAGCAGCAAAAAGCAAAUGCUUCCUCCUAAGUUUGGGCAGUCUCAAGGAGCACCUUGUGAAGUGGCUCGAUUUUUCUUGAGUACGCUGCAGACAAAUGGAGAAUGCCAGUGGCAUUACGCCAACUCCUUGGUACCCAACAGCCAGUCACCAUCCAAAAAUCUUCCUGAGCAGCCAGUGAACAUCAUCCGACAUAAUCUUGGACAGAGUUAUGAAGUGCCCGUAAUGAACAGGAGAUACAACCAAGAUGCUCUCUCCGACAACUUUACAAGUUGCACAGCACCCAUGCCAGGCAGCAGAUACAAAGAAGAGAUUUAUGAUUCCAGCAUCAUGAAACCCAACAAAAUGGAAAACAGGAUUCAGCCACCUCACCAUCUCAUUAAAGAAGAAAACAAGCUAGCUUUUAACAGAGACCUACAAGAAAAAAUGAGCAUUAAUGAGAGUUCUUUUUCAAACUCAGUUGCUAACUCCUUGCUGCCAAAAUCAGAAUGUUUCCAGUCUAAAGCUUUAGGACAAUUAAGCCAUCUCCUACCCGUGCCCACAGUGUACGAACAAACAAGACGGAUUUGUAUGAAGGAACCCAAAUAUGGGCAUAUUAGUCACCACGCUACAAGCCUAAAUGAACUGGACAGUGAUGAGAGGAUGACUGUAAAGCUUGAUCACGACUCUGAGAGUGAGCGCGUGAUGGAUGUAAGACCCUCUGGACAAGUUCCAUUUGUGCUUCUAAAUUAUCAUCAUGUUUUAGCCAAACAUGGCACAUUUCAAACUUCAUCAUGUACAGCAACGGGACACGUAGGAGAAAAUUAUGGAUACAAUUCUGAGGAAGUAAAUACGUUUAUGUACAAAAACCAAAGCCCCUCAUCAGCCUCUUCUCCAGAAACCCACAAGGAAACGACACUACCCCAUUAUAUUGGAACUUCUGUAAUAAUAGCCAAUGGAAGGUGACAGUAGUAGAAGAGUAUUUACAUUUAACUAAGAAGCCAAACAGUAGUGAUUUCCAAAAAGCAUGAGAAAACAUGGUUACAUUUACUGAGCACAGCUGAAGGUCAAUGAGGGACAGACUUGUGUGUUCCUGGCAAGACGUGUGACAGUACCUUCAUGGCGAGGAAAAAAAGAAUACAUCUCGCUUCAGUGCUUUGUUGGCAAAGCUUAAGCUCUGGUGCCAGUGAGAAGAUUUGUUGCAGAUCUUAUUUUUGUUAUUUUAUAGUGUGCAACAAAAUUAAAUGAUAGGUGUUAUAUGCAGAGGUUUAUAUGAAGAACAUUUUUUCCCUUAACCCUUCCUUCUCAAAACACAUUCAAGAUUUUUUUUUUUUUUUUUUUUUUGUUAUCAUUAUCAUAAACUAUACACUCUAGUUUAGGUAUUUUUGACAAAGUGUGAAACCCUACAUCAGCUACCCACCCAUCUGUUACGUCUCGACAAAUGAACUUUGUUUAAAGAGUGGUGAUUUUUAGUAUCUGUAAUACAGCUGUACUAACCAAACAGAACUAAGUUUGGAAAAUGCUUAUUUAUUACUUAUUCACUUGUUUUUUUUUUCAGUAUUCAGAAAUUUUUAGCAUCACCAUUUAAUCUUAACAAGUGAUGGUAUCAUGACAAAUUAAUACAUAAAAAGGUAUGUAUUAAAAGGUUACAGGUCUCGUCAUGGUGAAUUGGCACAAAUCACACAGCAGUAGCUAAAGAUAUUCCUCAAUAAAAACACUGUAAUAAGAAAAAGAAACUUCUAAAAAGCAUAUUUUGCUCAAUAUUUUGGGAUAAGGCCAUGUUGUUACUCAAACCAGGUAGUCAAAAUAACAUCUUAAUCCUAGCACCAGAAAUGUUCUCUUUGUUGUCAAGGGAAUAAUGAACAUUUAAGCAUGAUUUUAAAAUUAUUUGUACCCUUCUGAAUUUGGAAAAGUUCAGCUUUUAACACACUGGACUUCCUUAAGCAUAAAUCUCAUCGUCAACACGAAGGUAAGAUUCAUUAUUUGACUGAUUCAGGCACUUCACAAAUUAAGUCAAUGGACAAUCUGAGUAAGAAAAGUCUGAAGUCAUCGCACAACCACAAGAAGCGAGAUUGCACUGGAAGUAGAGCAGGGCACCUCAGCGUUUUGAAGUGAACACUUUACACACGUCUCAGUUUGUCCAAUAAACUAGUAAGUAGAAGGCAUAUGCCAUACAUUCAAAUUUUGUCCAGCCUCCUAGGAGUAGAUUUCCCACUUUUUUCACUUCUCCAUAAAGUUUGUGAACGAGGAAAUGAGGAGAUAUAUGGAUCUGUGAAUGUUUUACUGAUGAGUCUGUCCAAUUUGUCUUUCCAUCACUUCCCCAAACAGUCUUCACGCAGUUUUGACAAAACAGUGAAUGCUCCCCACGUAGUAGGUGUAAAUACCACCACUGAAGGCUGUUGUAGAUCUGAGUCAGCCGUAUUCUUCCCCCAGUUCUUCACCCCAUUUUUUCACCCAAUUCAAGUUUACAUUUUAUAAGCUUUCUCCCUCUUAUGAGACGCUCUAGAAAGAGACCUUUGCUAAAGAAAAUGCUUACCUGGCUUGUGCAAUAUGGAAAAAUACUUGCUCAUGGAUUGCACCUUGUCAGAGGAAAAUGUAAUGAAAUACACACUCUUUUAAUUAUACGCCCUCCAUCUUCUAUGUGCAGCAAAAAUAAUCAGUCACCUCUUUGUAUGUAUGAAUAUUUAUUGCUAUGUGUAAACAAAAAUACUUCUAACACAUCUGAAAAUAAUUUUCAGUAUUUUUAUUGCUUUUGAUUAAAAGUUGAACAGAGAAAGCUUUGUUAUGAAGUUGAAUUCAUGUUCACUUGGAAAUUCAGUCAUCUGACUUCAUUUACUAAAAAACGUAUGAAAGAUAUCUUUCAUGAUAAAUAUGAUCAGAAGUACCGGAUCUGUCGCUACCAGAACACUGACUUUUUAGCAACAACAUAAAAUGAGCGAAAACACACCAACCCCUUCAGUUUAAUUGCACUCCUUCGUUCUUCUUGAGCUGGAGAAGGUGGCAAAGCUAUAGAAAUGUUAUGUGUGAAUGUUAUUAUCAUUCUGAUGUUAUGAAUUGCCGACACAUGAGCUUUUCAGUGGCUUUCUUUAACGGCCUCCCCAGUCAGUGUUAGUAAUGAACGCACCCAACUUCUUAAAAGGUACAAUGAUGGUAAGACUUGUAUGUUAAUUUUCUUAAAUUAAAGCCAUGCCCUAUUAAGAAGAAACUGACAUUGGCUGCAUCAUUAAAAAGAAACCUGAUGCACAACUCCUUCAUACUGCAUGUCUCCCAAUACCUCAUUAGUGGCAUUGCUGCACACAAAGUCAAUCUGCUGUAUUUUCCUGUUCUUCCAAGUAUUUCUCAUUACAAAAACAUGUUUUCAGGAAUAUAUAAAUUAGGCUUCAGUUAAAAAACCUCCACUGAUAUUUUUCAUUAAAAUACCACAAAAUAUUUUUCCAGCCUCUACCUUGUUAUUCACACUUUCAGGCUUUAUUCAACAAUCCCAAGGAAAGGAGGUGUUCCAUCACCCUCCCACAGACGUUUUACAGCAUAUGAGAUUCAGAUACAUGAAUUUCCCCGUUAGGAAAUAACGACUCAAUUACGCAUUCACAUCUGAAAAUGCAUUGUAGAUUUAAGAAAAGAUCUGUGACUAAAAAAGCAAAUGUGUGAAACAUUUUUUCCUGCCAUUCCGAAAUAGAAACAGCAAUUGCAUAUUCACAGCUGGAAUGUGAGCAAGUUAUAUUAAGAGAAAACACAACUUCAGAUAUUGACUUUCAGUCAGUUAAACUAUAGAUGUUCUUAGUACAUUAAUGCUGCAGAAUGCGAUGUGUCACAGAAGUGGAGUGGGAAUAGGGAUACAUUACAAAAAAUGCCCAAAUUUCUCUCUACUGUACAUAUGUGAGCCAAUAUAGAUACUUCCAUCAGAGAUGCUUCUAUCGUGCAACUUGAUAGGAUUGUACAUCUCGGAGGAGGGCAGGCAUAUAGCAAGUACAUGUGGAAUGGAAGAGAGAAAGAGAGCUGAGAGGGGGAAUGUUUUACCAAAACCUAAGGUUGAAAACAUGACUCCCAUAUUGAUGUCUCAAAAGUUUUUCUCCUAUUAAUGGAAACUGUGCAAUGUAAAUAAGGUGGUAAGGGAACAGACUUCUCUCUGGGUGACAGUAGUCAUGUCAUUUCUAAAGGGCAUUUCAGUAAUUUAAUGAAAUUGAGUACAUUGGGUUAUACGUAUAAAAUUUGAGCAUAUCUCACUGAGAUAAAGUGGAAAGGCUGCUUUUCUGAAUGGGAUACCUCCCAGAAUAUCAGUACUUGUCUCUAAAAACCAAAAAACAGAACACAAAGAAUUUUUUCAACAUUUCAGUCAUACUUCAAAAUUAACACAGAGAUACUUUUACUAUUUCAUUUUUUUUUCCUGAACAUUAGGUUUUGCUUUUUUUAUACAAUGCAGAUAUGAGCUAUUUGGCAAAUGUAGGAGAAAAAGCACGCAAACCAAACAAUCUAUUAAUGCUCAGAACUAUAUAUGUAUUCCCUAAAAAUGUAAAGCAUUUUUGCUUAUUUAUUAUGUAAAACAAAACUGUUAAGAUGAUAAUAAAGUCCUGUAGCCAAAGGAAAA